GGACUUCACUGUGACUUUGCUUGUCUGAUGUUUCGAUACUUAGUAAAUAAGCCUUCAGAAGAAAGGGUCAGGGAGAUCAUUGUUAAUGCUGUUGAAAUUGAGCAGGAGUUUUUAACAGAAGCCUUGCCUGUUGGCCUCAUUGGAAUGAAUUGCAUUUUGAUGAAACAGUACAUUGAGUUUGUAGCUGACAGAUUAUUUGUGGAACUUGGAUUCUCAAAAGUUUUUCAGGCAGAAAAUCCAUUUGAUUUUAUGGAAAACAUUUCUUUAGAAGGGAAAACAAAUUUCUUUGAGAAACGAGUUUCGGAGUAUCAGCGUUUUGCAGUUAUGGCGGAAACCACAGAUAAUGUCUUCACCUUGGAUGCAGAUUUUUAAAACUCUUCCAUGUUUUAAAACCCUAUAAACCUGUCAUUGGUAAAUAGCAGUCUGUUUUUUUCUGC